CCUCCUGUUGGAUCACAGGAUAUAAAAGACUUUUCUCUUCCCCACUUCACUGCCGAUUAAUCUUUUUGCAGCGGCAGAAUCACCACCCACUUUUCUCUGAGACGCACUCACUCAAAACAAGGAGAAUCAAGAUGACCAUGUUACUGGCUUACUGGGAUGUUCGCGGGUUUGCCGGACACAUCCGCCUUAUGUUGGAGUACACCAAGUCAGACUACAAGGAGAAGUUUUAUGUCGUUGGUGAUGCCCCGGGCUUUGACAAAAGCUGCUGGUUUAAUGAAAAAUUCAAGCUUGGAUUAGACUUCCCUAAUCUGCCCUACCUGAUUGAUGGAGACAAGAAGGUGACACAGAGCAUGGCGAUCCUGAGAUACAUCGCCCGAAAGCACAACUUGUGUGGAGAGACUGAGGAGGAGAAGAUCAGAGUGGACAUGCUGGAGCAGCAGUGCUUAGACCUUAGAGCCAGCUUUGUGAGGAUGUGCUACGGUGACCUUGAAGGCCUAAAGCCAGAUUACUUGAAGGCACUGCCAGAUUCACUGAAGCUGUUCUCUGAUUUCCUGGGACACAGGAAGUGGUUUGCUGGUGACAAGAUCACCUAUGUGGACUUCAUCAUGUACGAGAUGCUGGAUAUGCAGAGAAUGUUUCAUCCUCCCUGCUUGGAUAACUUCAAGAACCUCAAAGCAUUUUUGGACCGUUUUGAGGCUCUGGACAGGGUUGCUGCAUAUAUAAAGUCAAACAGAUACAUCAAGGAACCUAUCAACAACCGCAUGGCCCAAUGGUCAUUCAAGAAAGUGAAGUAGAAGUGAAGAACAACAACGUUAUUCCUGGAGGAGAUGAUGCAGAGUUCAGGGAUUAAUAAGUAAAGUUUGAUUCAACGGAAAUUAAUUUGCAACUCAGGAAAAGUCCACAUGUUUGUUCUCAUCAACCGAUGGACCAACAUAUUUACUGUAAUAACUUUCAUUACUGAAUUUUGGAGACAAAACACUUGUACCAAUGUUGAGAAAACCCUUCUUUACGUUAGCAUGUCUUUUGACUGAUUAAAAUGAAUGUAUCUACUCUGAA